UUCAUCAUUGGAUUAGGGUUUUUACCCUUCCUUCGUUUGGAAAUCCUUUUGGAUUCGCUGUCUCUCUCAUCCUUAAUCUCACCCGUCUUUAUCAUUCGCAAUCUCCUUUUCAUUCAUUAUCUUAUUUUCCCAGUACUUCAAAUUCCGUUUACUCCGUGCCCUAAUAUUACGAUUUCAGCAAUGGGAAGCAAAGGCCGCAUGCCGCCGCCUCCGCACCUGCGGCGUUCGAUUCCGCCGGGUCCUGCUGCGAUGCCGCACCCGCUUGUGGCGCCAUUCGAUCUACUUCCGCCGCCGCAGGUGAUGGAGCAGAAGCUUGCGUCUCAGCACGUGGAGAUGCAGCGCCUGGCUACUGAGAACCAGCGGCUUGCAGCGACGCAUGGUGCCCUGCGGCAGGAGCUAGCGGCGGCUCAGCACGAACUGCAGAUGCUCCAUGCACAUGUGGCGGCACUGAAGGGGGAGCGGGAGCAGCAAGUGCGCGCGCAGUUGGAGAAGAUCUCGAAGAUGGAGAGCGAAGUUCAGAGCGCAGAGGGCGUGAAGCUGGAACUGCAGCAGGCUCGCGGGGAGGCGCAAAACCUUGUUUUGUCCAAGGAUGAACUUGUUUCAAAAGCGCAGCACCUGACUCAGGAACUGCAGAGGGUUCACACUGAUGUUGUUCAAAUCCCUGCCCUUAUCUCUGAACUUGAAUGCCUCAGACAGGACUAUCAGCAUUGCAGGGCCACUUUUGACUAUGAAAAAAAAUUAUACAAUGAUCACCUUGAGUCACUUCAGGUGAUGGAAAAGAACUAUGUUUCUAUGAGUAGGGAAGUGGAAAAACUUCGAGCCGAGCUUUCAAACACUGCUAAUGUGGAUCGGAGAAGUAGUGCGCCAUAUGGUGGCACCUCUGGAACUAAUGAGAACGAGGCUUCUGGUCUUCCUGGGGGACAAAAUGCUUAUGAAGAUGGUUAUUCUGUUAUGCAGGGACGUGGUCCCCUCCCCCCAGCCAGUGGGGGUGGAGGCAGUUCUACUACACUUGCUUCUGCUGGAGCUCAAACGGGUCCAACUCCUGCAGGGACUGGUUACGAUGCUCCUAGAGGACCUGGUUAUGGUGCAUCUGCAGGGCCUAAUUAUGACGCGCAGAGGGGUGUUACUUUCGACACGCAGAGGCUGACUGGUUACGAUGCCUUUAGAGGAUCUACUUAUGAUUCCAAGAGAGGGGCAAUUUUUGAUGCUCAAAGAACUUCCUAUGAUCCACAGAGAGGUUCAGGAUAUGAUAUGCAGAGAGGAGCUGGUUACGAAUCAUCAAGAGCAGGUGGCUAUGAUACACAGUCAAGAGGGGUUGGUGGUCCUCAUGGACAUGCUCCACCGCUGAACAAUAUGCCAUAUGGAUCCACAACACCACCUGCUCGUAGUGGAGGUGUAUAUGAAGCUAAUCGAGGUGUAAACUCCGGUAGGAGAUGAUGAUGACCUUGAGUUUUGGAACAUCUGUCUGCCUCAUGAACGUUUGGUUUUGUCCUAUCUUGUUGUAAUGUGCAUAGUCCACGAGAGGGAAAACAAAUGUUCGUCAUUAUUGGGAAGACAUUCUCCCCGCCUAUAAUUGCUCUACCUGAAAUUGGUAAAACAUUACCUAUCUAACUUGCCUAUAUAUUUUAUUUGAGAUUUGGGAUGGUUUAGUUUUAUUUA